AUGGGUACCAAUAAACAAUUAAAUCGUAGUUUUAAACUUACAUCAACCAUAUUUGAUCAAUUAUUGUAAUAAUACUCUUAAAUUGGAUUCAAAAAAACACAAAUACUUUAAGCAUGGUAACAAUGUGGAUAUAAUUAAUAAACAUUCCAUGAAGAACUCAUUAAGAUUAGGUAUUUUAUUCUUAUAUUAUCUAGUGAAAAAGAAAAUGCUUUAAUUAUGAAUGAAGAGGAUUUGUUCAAUUCUCAAAUACAACUCAAAAUGCAACUUUAAUAAAUAGAAUAGUAAGAUUUAAAAAUUGCUAUCCAAUUAUCCUUGGAUUAAAAUGUUUAGUACUAUAUAUUUAUAAAUAUUUAUAGAUAAAAACCACCAAUUACUGAAGAAAGAAUCAAUAAAUCAACACCAGUGGGACUUAAAAAUUUGGGCAACAGUAUAAAUCUUUUAAAUUUAUAAUUUUUUAGCUUGUUACAUGAAUGCCAUGUUGUAGAGUCUUUUUAAUGUUUUACCAUUUAGAAAAUUUAUUUUGGAACUUGAUUUAAAAAAUAAUCAAUCUCUGGCUUCCAAUUUUCUAUUACAAUUAUAAUUACUUUUUUUAAUGUUACAAGAAUCAAAUUAAUCAUAUAUAAAUCCAUAUAAUUUAUUUGAUGCACUUUAAAAAUUUAAACCUAGUGCUAUGUUUAUAAGAGGAGUCUAAAAUGAUUUUAAUGAAUUAUAAAAUUCCUUUUAGGAUGCUAUUGAAUAAGCAUUAAAGGAAGAAAACUUUGAAUAACAAAAGAAAUAAUUUUGUGAGAUGUUCUAUGGAGAAGCUAAAGAAAUACUGAGUUACAAAGAGAAUGAUAAAGAGAUUAUUAAAUUUAAUGAUACUACUUUUGGAUCUAUAAGUAUUGAGGCUGCUGAUAAAGAUUUAGAAAAAGGAUUCCUUAAUACAAGAGUACUUAUUAUUGAUGAAUAUGAAACUGAAAAUAAAGAGAAAACAAAAGCUAAAAUUGAUCAAAAUAUUGUAUAAGCUCCAUUUUUAAUCUCUUUUUAUAUUAAUAGAGUUUAUUAUGAUCCAAAGUAAAAAUAAGUAUGUAAAAAUAAUACUUAAUUUAAUUUUAAUUCAUCCUUAAAUAUCAAUUAAUUCAAAACUAUUAAUUAGGGAUAAAAGAAUUUAGAAUUAUAAAAAUUGGAUUAAGAAGAAUAAAGAAUAUUAGAUUAACUUAAAAAUUUUGGAGAUACAAAGGAAGAGAUUGAAGAAAAUUUUAAUAAAGUUAUUAAAUUAUUUAAAAGAAAUGAAGGUUAAAUUGAUAAUUUAGUAACAAUUGAUGGAUUUUGUAUCUGUGAUGAAAGCACAGCAAAUCCAAAUAUUAUAUAAAGUGAUUAAAUGUUAUUCUAAUUAGAAUCAUAUAAAGAAAAAAUGAUGAAAACUGUUUAAUUAUUAACAGAUUAAUUAGAAAGAAUUUAAGAGUAAAAGAAAAAACUAUUAAAAUCAGAUUAAAAUAUGUAUUUAUUAACAUCAGUAUUAAUGCAUGAUGGAUCAGCUAAUAGUGGACAUUAUUAUUGUUAUGUAUUAGACAAGAAAGAUUUAACAACUUGGUGGAAAUGCAAUGAUAGUACAGUUACAAAAGUAGAUUUUGCUUAAGUUUAUAAAGAUGCUUCUGGAUCAAAUAGAGUGAAUUCUAAUGUUUCUGGGUUAGUUUAUGAAUAAGAACAAUGGUUAAAAGUAGAUAAAAUUUAAAUCAAUCAGAAAUUAUUAUCUAUGAUAUAGGAAGACAAAGAGAAACAAUUAAUAGCCUAAGAUGAAUAGAAGGUAUUUAAUAGAAAAUCUAUAAUAUUACAAUAAAUCUAAUAAUAGAAAAAUAAACAAUUAAAAUAUAAGGAUUAUUUUGAUAGAGAAUUUGAAAGAUUCAGUAAUUUUGAUUAGUUUUUAAAUUCAGUCAAUUAAAAUGUAUACUAAUAUUAUUUAAUAUUGUCAACAAUUUAAUAAGAUAUAUUAUUAAUCAAAGAUUAACUUAAUAAACCUUAAGAAAUAGAUCAUUACAUUAAAUAUUUCAUUACUCAAACUAAUUUAAUUACAAUAAAUUAUGAUAAUGAAUUAAAGAAAUCAAAAGAUGAAUAUCUAAUGGUAAAUUCAUUGUUAUAAUAAUUACCCUUAAAAAAUAUUACCAAUUAAAAUUAUUCAGAAAUAAUAAGAUAUUAUUAUACUAUAUUAAAAUCAAUAUAAGAAAUUAAAUCAUGUUCUACAAUUACAAAUCAUUUGAAAAAGAUAUAUGGAGUUCUUUUGCUUAAAGGAUGUUUUUUUGUUGAUUUAUCUCUUUAAACCAACAACAUAUCAACAUGCAUUGAGAUAAGUUAAAGUCUUUUAAUUCAAAUCAAUUAAAAUGAAAUUGUUGAUAAAUUAAUAUUCCAAUAAGUUUUUACAAAUCUUAAAUUAUCUAGUGAAUAAGCCAAAUUAAUAACUAAAAAACCUGAAAUUGAAGAUUAAAUCAUUAAAAUAUAGAAAAAAGGAGAAUUAUUAAUCAACUUGAAAUAAUUAGAAUUUAAAUCAUUGGAAUCUGAAAUACCAUAACUCUAAAGAUUAAGGAAUGAUGUACUAAAGGUAAUUUAAUAUUAAUCUUAUAAUAGCUUUGGAUUUAUCAAUAUGAUAAGAUUAAAACAGAAUAGAAAUUGUUAGAUUAAAAUGAAAGAUAAAAUGCAGAAGUUCUACUUUAUUUUGGGUGA